UGACAACAAAAUCAUCACCAUGAUACAAAACAAAAUUAUUUACUUAACCUAUACUUGAAAAAUGUUUGGACAACCAUUAAAACGCGCAUUCUCAGUGCAGACUCUUGUAAUAGAAACUGAUCUCGUUCAGAAUUGAGUAUUCCAAUCAUGAAGUGAUUAGCAGCAUUGCAAGAUGUAAGUUCAAGUGUAAGGUAGAGAAAAGUAAAGUUGGUUAGAAAACAUGAUGCUUCGCAAAUAUGCUUUGACAAACCAAACAAGAUACGUAUAAUAAUAUGAGACUAACAUCGAGCUACCAUAUACUCUACUCUGUAAUCAUAAUGGGAUCAUACUCGAGAAACAUCCUCAUCGGUAGCCUCGUUGGCCUCAUCGGGAUCGGGAUUUGCAUAGCCAUAGAACUGAGGUGGAGGAAAAUGAGACCGGUUCCCUCCGACAGGCGUUUGCCUCAAGGCAGGGCCACAACCAGUCAAACGAAUAAAAACAAUAACGAACGUUUGCCACUCAAUGAUACCCCAGAACAUAGGGCUAGUAUCAACAACUUACUUAAGAUCGGCUUUGCCAAAGAAACCGAGGAUGAUGUAACUAUCUUGUUUGGACCCAUUAGCAAUAUAAGUAUUCAGGAAAAAUCUUCACCAGGACUUGGACGGAUGGAAAUUGACCAGAAAACUAUGAUUAGUUUCAAGAUAGAGGAUGACGCACCAACUGAUGAGGGAGAUUCGAUUGAAAAUAUGGAAUUAAGCGCGACAUUAAGCAGCGAACUGCAAAGUGAAAUAGAAAAUGAUUCUUGGAAUAUAAAAACUGUUGAAUAUAAGAAGAUGAACAUAUCGAACUUCAAUGAAGAGAUCCAAUCACCUAAGGAAACAAUUGAGGCUAGCGAAAAUCCAUGUAUUUGUGCUUCGACCCCAAUCAUGGAAGAAGAUUGUAUGUCGAACACCGCAGUCGACAAGUAUGACGAUUCUGUUAGAGAGAAAAAUGAUGUUCCUGUCUUAUGUAUUCUUAAUAGUAACAGUCCUUUAACAGAGUCAGAGACAAAGACGAUUCACGAAGACACACAAAGCAGCCACUGUCAGUACCGAAACGAUAAGGAAUCUCCUAUUCAAUCGAAGCAUUCAAUUGUUGAUAAUCUUUACCUCAUUGAAGAUUGCGUGAAUCCAAAAGCUGAUGAGAAGCCUGUUUGUCCAGUCCCUGAAGACCCUAUGGAUCACUCAAGUAUUUUUCACAAUGCGAUACAAUGUUCAGAAGAACCAACAGAUGAUACAAGCAUUCCCUCCUCUUUCAACUCAGAUCCCUCACAGGAAUCAUUUGUGGCUAAUGUGGAGACGGAAGAUUUUAAAAUAUCCGUAAAUACCAAUGAAGGAACUGCUCAAAAUGUUUUGUCCACUUCUACGUUUGCUGAGGAUAAUAUAUCGGACAAACAUUCAGAACUACAAAAUAGUAGUUUACAAGUUAUGAAUGGUAUAGUCGAUGAUAAGAAUGGUGUCUUAUCUGGGAUCGGCGAUGGUUUACGUUUUUCACUGCCAGAAGAAACACGUACUGCACAUUCAGUUAAGGAGUCGCUAGAAGAAGCUUGUGCGUCUAUCUCCUCUGUCUCUCAUACUCCGAGGAAUUUGGAGCGAGAAUCUACCUCAGAAACAGUAAAUAAAGAAACUGUGAAAUGUGAAAUCAAAACAUCACCAAAUCGAACUGCAUUAAAAAGCAGUCUUUCAUACGCUGCGAUGGCUGCUGUUCCCAAAAAAGCAAAAAUUAAAUUUAAUGUAGGUUCCAAAGAGGAGAAUGGAAUUCCCGUUGAUUCCGAUAAGUAUGAUAUCCCGCAAACUCCCAAAAAUCAUAACAAACAUCGAGUGCGGAAAUUGGUAUAUCUGCCAUACCUGGACGCUAACCAGCACCUUAGGAAGAAGUAUUCGAGAGAAAAAUCCUCCAUGCAAUAACCGGGAGGAUCUAGAAUCAGAAUAUUAUCGCAAGAAGGGCCAAUUCAGAACAGCUAAAAGAAAUUGGUCAAUAUCUCAUUAUAUGAAGUCGAGAAAGUUAAGGUGGGUGGGAAUAUGUAGAUCUGAACAACAUAUUUUUAUUAGCAAAAAGUAA